GCAUUUUCGUCCUUUCGCACCAAAUCCUGCGGAUCGCAACCAAAACCCUAGCCUUCUUAAGGGUUGGGGUUUCCCCCUCUCGGUGCUUUCUCCCGUCUCCCGCCUCUCUCUGAGCUCAGAGAUCCGCUGCGUCCAUCCAUGGCGUCGGAGAAGAAGCUCUCGAACCCGAUGAGGGAGAUCAAGGUGCAGAAGCUCGUCCUCAACAUCUCCGUCGGUGAGAGCGGAGAUCGUCUCACCAGAGCCGCAAAGGUCUUGGAGCAGUUGAGCGGACAAACACCUGUUUUCUCAAAGGCAAGAUACACUGUUCGAUCUUUUGGAAUCAGGCGUAAUGAAAAGAUCGCUUGCUACGUCACCGUCAGGGGGGAGAAGGCAAUGCAGCUUUUGGAGAGUGGGUUGAAGGUUAAGGAGUAUGAAUUACUAAGGAGGAACUUCAGUGAUACUGGAUGCUUUGGCUUUGGCAUCCAAGAGCACAUUGAUCUUGGGAUCAAGUACGAUCCUUCCACCGGCAUCUACGGCAUGGACUUUUUCAUUGUUCUCGAGCGCCCGGGCUACCGCGUCGGCCGCCGCCGCCGUUGCAAGUCGCGUGUGGGGAUACAGCACAGGGUGACCAAGGACGAUGCGAUGAAGUGGUUCCAGGUCAAGUACGAGGGUGUCAUCCUCAACAAGGCCCAGAACCUGACCACUUAAAAGUUAUAACUAUAUAUUACCUCCGCGAACCUAUUUGUAGUCCCUAGAACUUGCUUUUGUUCGAGUUUACGUCUUCUCAAAUGGAUUUUUCUUAUUUAAACUUCUACUGCUUAUGUUGAUUUUUGGCCUCUCUCAGAGUUUUGUUUUUGUUAAUUAAUUCGACUUAGACUUAAAAGCUUUGCAUUUUUGUGCUCUCCA